AACUGUUACUCGAACUGCGGUUCUAUGGCAAUGGCUACUGCUUUUACCAAGACAGUACUAUCACGCGAUUUUGGGGAAGCAUUAACAAUAUUCGUCCUAUGUCUGAUAAUCCGACCGUUGAAUGCUGUGUCUGAACCGGGCAAAUGGAUUGUAAAAGUGAACAGCAGAACCCCGACACCCAUCUUUUUUGCAAAGACAAUGUUUAAUGCAUCCACAGUUGAAAUGAAAUUGAGUUCAUCGACUUGUGACCCUCCCGUAAACCUGAGUGUAUCCUGGUAUCUUCGGAGUUCUCGUUGCUAUGACGAGGUGUUUGGUCUGACUUCUAAAGCUGCAGAUGAUUACUUUGGCUUGGAAAAGCAGAGUCGAGAGGGAGCCAAGGGUUACUAUAUUUUUCAUCAGUACAAACCCAUAGAGUGUAAAACACAUAUGACCCCUGAUCAGUUCACGGUAUCAGAGCCUCUGGCACCGAAUCCUCUGAAGCCGUUUAAAGACAGACAGGAACCUGCUAACACUCAAGGGAGGAGAAGAAGAGAAACAGAAAAGGCAGGAAAGCCACAGAAAACAGCAGUGAAGGCUGGCGAACAAAAAGAUCAGGGCAAGGGGGCAAUGAAUCAGAUGAAUGCAGCAUCUCACGGCCCGAGAUUGUAUGAAGUGGCCAGGACAUGGGAAGAUGCUCCGUACAUGUUCAUGGUGCAGAUCAAGGAGACUGAUGGGCAGAAGAAUUCAGACUCAAAGUGGGAGAUUGAGUUGGAGGUCUGUAUGCCAGGCCCUCAUGACUACAUCUCUGCCUCAGAGUGGCCUUUGAUGAUAUUCUACAUGGUCAUGUGUAUCAUCUACGUCCUGCUGGGCGUGCUUUGGCUGGGCCUCUCGGCCUGUUACUGGAGGGACCUGCUGCGGAUCCAGUUCUGGAUCGGUGGCGUCAUCUUCCUGGGAAUGCUGGAAAAGGCUGUUUAUUACGCUGAGUUCCAGAGCAUACGUUAUGAUGGCCUCUCAGUGCAAGGUGCGGUGGUGUUUGCUGAAGUUCUGUCGGCCGUGAAGAGGACACUGGCACGGGUCCUGGUCAUCAUCGCCAGCCUGGGCUAUGGCAUCGUCAAGCCCAGACUCGGGGCAUUGCUACACAGAGUGGUGGGAGUUGGUCUGCUCUAUCUCAUCUUCUCCAUUGUGGAAGGAGUCCUGCGUGUUAAUUCUGCUGAAGAUGACCUGGUGUUGCUGGCUGCCAUUCCCUUGGCCGUUCUCGACUCUGCCCUCUGCUGGUGGAUCUUUGUCAGCCUUGCUCAAACAAUGAAGCUUCUGCGUCUGAGAAGAAAUGUGGUCAAGCUCUCCCUCUACCGCCACUUCACUAACACACUCAUAUUCGCCGUCAUAGCCUCCGUCGUUUUCAUCAUCUGGACGACGAAGACCUUCAAACUGUCCCAGUGCCAGUCAGACUGGAGGGAACUGUGGAUAGACGACGCUUUCUGGCGUUUCCUUUUCUCCCUCAUCCUGCUGGUCAUCAUGUUUCUGUGGAGACCAUCAGCCAAUAACCAGAGGUAUGCCUUCAGCCCACUGGUCGAUGAGCUGAGUGAGGAGGAAGAGGCGGAGAAACUGAUGAACGAAGCCUUCGAGGGUGUGAAGAUGAGAGGGGUGAAAUCGGAAACCAAUGGGAGUGCCAAGCCAAACAAAGUGGAUGAAGACCUUAAAUGGGUGGAGGAGAAUAUUCCCUCCUCGAUGGCCGAUGUUGCACUACCCCCCCUGUUGGACUCUGAUGAGGAGACCAUGACGACAAAAUUUGAGAUGUCCAAAAUGGAGUAGGAGACUGUGUCUGUAUGUAUUGUAAAUAAUGUGUGUUUAUGUUUAUGAACACUUGUUUUACCCUUUGAACACAAGCUUUAUACGUGACAUCUGUAAAUAGAGUGGGAAUAAUGCAAUGAGAGACAAAAGGACAUCUUUGAUUUGUAUUCCAUUGUCUGUCCGUAUUUAUAUUUUCACUGGAUAUGGUUUCAAUUGCCCUUUGCCUACAGACUGUAUGAUGCCUUUUGACUGUUGUUUACAUUUACCUGAAA